ACUCAUGAGUCGUGAACGAAAAUGGAACUAUCCGCCAUGAAAACCACCUCGAUUCUCUUCUCCUUCUCCUUCUUCCUCUUCCUCCUCCCGGUUCUUCCGCUAGCAUCGGCGUCGGUGACGGCGCCGGAGACCGGAGCUUCGAGCGGAGCGAGUUUGAUUUUCGCGACGCUCGAUAGAUCGCACUACGAGUUCGACAUAUUCACCCUCCCCACGCGCCGCCGUCCGCCGUCGGCUUCCAUGGAGAUCAGGAUCACCGACGGCGAGUCCGUGAAUUUCAACGGCUAUUUUCCUUCUCCCUCUCCGGCUCUUCUAUCUCUUCUUCCCGACGAAACCCUAAUCCAACAGGAAACAGUUACGCCUCCUCUGCAUCUCAUCUACAUAACCGAGAGGAACGGCACGUCGAGCAUAUACUACGACGUCGUUUAUGGCCAAGAUUCUGGAAGCAUGACGAAGCGAUCGCUUCUAGAGUCGUCGGCUCGGGUCCAGGUCCCGUUGUUAUCCGGCGCCGAUGGUCGGAGUGGCAUGACGGUAAAUUCGAUGAGAGAUAAGCCCAGUUUGAUCGGCGACUACCUUGUCUACGUGUCGACCCACGAGGACCCGGGUGUUCCCAGGGCGAGUUGGGCCGCGGUCUACUCGACUCAGGUGCAGACCGGGUUGACUCGGCGGCUGACGCCGCGUGGAAUCGCCGACUUCAGCCCCGCGGUUUCUCCCUCCGGGAAUUGGACCGCCGUUGCGUCGUACGCAGAGAGAGGCUGGGCCGGCGAAGUGGAGGAGCUAACCACGGACAUCUAUAUCUUCCUGACUCGGGAUGGGACUCACAGGGUCAAGGUGGUCGAACAUGGCGGGUGGCCGAGUUGGGUCGACGACUCGACUCUGUAUUUCCACAGAAGAAGCGAGGACGGUUGGAUUAGCGUCGAGGACGGUUGGAUUAGCGUGUACCGCGCGAUUCUGCAGAAAGCCGGCCCGGUUUCCAUCGAGUCAGUGACGAUUCAACGAGUCACCCCACCGAACCUCCACGCGUUCACACCCGCCACGUCGCCCAACAAUCACGAGUUCAUCGCGGUGGCGACUCGGAGACCCGGCGACGAAUACCGUCACGUGGAGCUGUUCGACCUGAGGAAGAACAAGUUCAUCGAGUUGACUCGCCUGGUGUCUCCGGCGAGUCACCACUUCAACCCGUUUCUCUCCCCCGACUCGACCCGAGUCGGGUACCACAGUUGCAGAGGCGAGGCCAAUGGAUGGAGAAGUCCUCGUCUCUUCCUCGAGAACAUCCAAACCACUUCGCCAAAGCUCUCUCUCUUCAGAAUCGACGGCUCCUUCCCUACCUUCUCGCCGUCUGGUGACCGUAUCGCACACGUCAACAUGCCCGGUGUGACCGUGGUCAAGCCCGAUGGUUCGGACCGUAGAAAAGUGUUCCCAGGAAUGGCGUUCUCGACAGCUUGGGACCCAGUCCAACCGGGGAUCGUGUACACGAGCGCUGGCCCGACAUUCGCAAAGGAGAGAACCGAGGUGGACGUCAUUGCCAUCAACGUGGACGCCGAUGACCCAUCAACCUCCAUAAGAAAGCUGACCACAAACGGACAGAACAAUGCCUUUCCAUGGCCUUCUCCCGACGGGAAACGGAUCGUGUUCCGUUCGGGUCGGUCCGGUCACAAGAACCUUUACAUCAUGGAUACCGAAAAAGGGGAAAGCGGUGGCCUUUUCAGGUUAACCGAUGGCCCGUGGACUGAUACAAUGUGUAACUGGUCACCGGAUGGAGAAUUGAUCGCUUUCGCCUCGGACAGGGAAAACCCGGGUUCAGGUAGUUUCGAGCUGUUCUUGAUCCAUCCUAAUGGAACGGGUAUGAGGAAACUCAUCCAGAGCGGGUCGGGAGGGCGAACGAACCACCCGAUCUUCAGCCCGGACGGGCAAACCAUCGCAUUCACAUCUGAUUACGGAGCGAUCUCGGCGGAGCCAAUCUCGAACCCGCAUCAUUACCAGCCUUACGGAGAGAUCUUUACCGUGAAACUCGAUGGUUCGGAUCUGAGGAGGCUGACACACAACAGCUUCGAAGACGGGACGCCGGCCUGGGCGCCAAAGUUCAUCAGCCCCAGGGAUGUGGCCUGGCCCAGGAUGAACAAUUGCAUGUUCCGCGAUUGCCAUUGGCUGAAUAUAACAACUACUAAUACUAAGCCAAAGGGUCUCGGAAUUUCAUGCUAGUGUGUAUCCAUAAUUAUGGCUGUAAGCCUUGAGAAUGAUGCAUAUAGAUCUGGUCUGCCUGGAAUAAGGGAACUUGUUUCUGUUCCUAGCUGUACGCACUCUGUGUAUAUUGCUACUCUCUUCAUCUAUAAAAAUUUGUCAAACUAGGUAUUCUCCUGAA